AUGAGUGUGAGUAUUGAAAUUAAAUUAGUUUAUAAAAUUUUGAAAAUGUAUCAGAAAUCAGGAAAAAUGGAACAUAUGUACAACAACCAGACGAGCCAAUAAAGAUAGCCAGAAUUGUAAACAGGCUUUAAUGACUACAGAUCUUAAAAUCCUUACUAAGAUUCUUAGAUUAGAAUCACAAAUAGAGAUCUUUUUUUGUAAGGUGGCACUAAUAACAUUAUUAAGGAUCAUCAAAAGCCUAAGAUUUUCGACACUUAAAAUUCAAGCUAACAAAUAAAGAACUCUAAUAUUGUGUCAAGAUUUCCUUCUUAAAUUCCAAAUAGUCCUUAAUGCGAUCGAUCAAAUUCAAAACCUAAUGAAUAUAUGAAUAAAUCAUACACAACCAACUUGACUGGCAAGCCUCAAAUGCCAUAUCAUAACUAGUAGAAUUACAACCAUUUUUACAAACAAGGAAACAUAAUAAAAACAGAGCAACUGCCAGAUAUGAAUGAAACUGUACCAAUUAAUCAUAAAUUGUUUCUUGAUGAUGCAGCAUUAUAAAUGGAAUCCAAGUUCUAAACCUGCUCUUCUUUGGAAUAGAAUAAAAAAUCUGAUUAACAAUAGAUGGUGAAUUAGAUGAACUUUUAUGAUAAGCUUGUUGAGCAGUAGGGAUAAAUCUAGGAAGUUCUAAUGGAACCCAGAUUUGGGGAUCAAGAAAAAUAAAAUAUGGAACAUUAAUAUGCUGUAAAAUCAAUAAUAAUAGGAGAAUUAACUUUAAUGGACUUGAAGAAUAGGGAUAUUUCCUAAAUGAAAAAUUUUGAGAGAUCUAUUGGGUUUAAAAAAACAGAGAAUUAGAGGGAAUCGCCAAUAAAAUAACAGAUAGAGGUUGAAUAAAUUCGGUCUGAUCCCAUAAUAACAUAGUAAUAAAAUACUCUGAGUUAAUCAAAAAUAGCAGCAGAUUAAUUGAAGGGGUAAAAAGAAGAAAAUUGUUAAAACAAUCUUUGUGAAACCUUGAAAUUAGUGAAGUUUAAUGAUGAAGAAGAGACCAUUAUGGAAAACCCAGAAAAAAUAAGCAAUUUUGUGACUACCAAAACAUUAUAGAGAGGAGAGAAAUGUAUUAUUAUAAUUAAUUAGAACUCCAAUCAUUUAAAUAAAUAAGUCAACCAAGUCAACGUUGUUCGGCUUUAUAGUUUGAAGUGUUGGAGAGGAUGAACUAAGUUCGUUAAAAUCGAUUAGAGGGAAUGAAGGUGGAUUACUUUGGGGCAGUGGAAAGGUUAGAGAAUACAGAUUGUGUAUCUGAUUUGGUGGCUGAGAAAUCAAUCAUUUAAUUGAUCGUUACAUAAUUUCCUGUAAGUAGUAUAUAGAUGGGUUUUAGUAUUUAAGAAGAGUAAGAGGGGAUGGCAAUUGCUUAUUUUCAAGUUUACUCUUUCCUUACUUGGAGUUGAUGUGCAUUAAUAACCUAUUUGAUGCAGUGUUGAAUUAGUUUGUGGCUCAUGAGAUCUAUUGGAACAAGUAAAUAUUUUACAAAAUGAAGGGCUACGAUGAUUGAUAGACCAAUGGUCUUUACUUUGAUAAAGAAAAUCUUUCAAGAGUUGAAAAAGCUAAGUAAAAAGUUUAAUAAUGAUUUGCUCAUGUUUUCAGAAGUGAUCCUUCAUUACAUUAAUAAAGUGAAUGGCUUUUAUGACAUGCUCAUUAUCUUUAUGCGUUCAACGAUAAUAUAGAGUUAUAAGUUAUACUCUAAACAAGGAGAAUAUCAGAACUUCUUGGAUGAGAACACUUCAGAGGAAUUCUUAGAGAGGAACAGUAGUUUUGAGGAGGAAGGAGAUUUUUUAUCAAUAUAAUUCUUUUGUGAAAUAACUUAAUUGAAGGUGAAGUUGAUUAAUUUUUCAGAUAAACAUCCAAUCCAAUCGAUGUAAACGCUUGAACCGAAACUUAAUAAGGUGAGGAACGAUCAAGCCAACUUCAUUAGUUUGAAAUAUAAUGAGGGUCAUUACGACAUUCUUUAUUCAAGAAUGUUAAAGCAAAUGCAAAUUAAGCAGGAAGAGAGACCGCUUCCAGAAAUAGAGUUUACUGCUUUGUAUUGA